AUGGCAGGGGUUAAGAAAGAGGAUCUGAAGGUGGAGGUGGAGGAGAGUAAGAUCCUGCAGAUAAGCGGCGAGAGGGUGAAGGAGAAGGAGGAACAAAACGACAAGUGGCAUCGCACCGAGAGGCAGUGCGGCAACUUCAAGCGGCGGUUCCGCCUGCCAGUGGACGCCGACACCGACAACAUCGGCUGCGCGCUCGAGCACGGCGUGCUCACCGUCACCGUUCCCAAGGUGAACAAGCCUGAGAGCAAGAACGUGAGACAGAUUGAUGUGGCAUGA